CUGAGUGAUAGCGCAUGUGGCCAAGACACUCGGGUUGGGCUGAGCUAACAUCAGCGUUGUUCCUGGCGCCUUUCCCCUCUCGUAGCGGCAGCUUCGCUAGCGCGAAGAACAUUCAUGCAAAGAAAGCGGCCGCAAGGUUGUUUCUUUCAUUCACGGACGGCGUGUGGUUUGCCGGGGCCUGAACUGCGGAGGCGGGCCGGGCCAACAGCAGCAUUACACGGCGAGCCGCAUCACUCCGCUGCAUCCAACAGCAACCCCCUAUCCCAGACUCGGCAGUGGGCUAUCGGGCACCCUCACAUAUAUAGGCCCAGGUAGGCGCAUAACAUGCGCGAUCUGAAACCUUUCGUCUAGCGGCGAACCCCCCGGCACGUCAGCCUUUCCACGCUCUUCCCUCGCCGAAGCUCGACCAAGCUCCGCGAAACUCGUCUCAACAACCCUUUUUUGCGCGUAGGAUGCUGUACCACGCUGCGGGCACGCGACGGUGACGCUGCGGACUUAAUGGCUAAUUCCAAAUACGAGUACGUUCGCUCUUUUGAGCAGCAGGACGUGCUACUGCCCGAAACGUGGAUCGUGGUGCGCAUCGAUGGCAGAGGCUUCUCGAAGCUCACGGCGAAGUACAAGUUCGUCAAGCCCAAUGACCGGCGUGCGCUGGAUCUCAUGAAUGCCGCGGCGGAGGCCGUCAUGAAAGAACUGCCGGAUCUGGUAUUGGCGUACGGCAACAGCGAUGAGUUCAGUUUCGUCUUCCACAAAGACUGCAACCUGUUUGAGCGGCGAGCCAGCAAAUUAACUUCGACGGUUGUGUCGACCUUCACUGCUCAUUAUGUAUAUCGCUGGCCGGACUACUUCCCGGAGACUGAGCUGACGCUGCCGCUCCCUUCUUUUGAUGGACGAGCAGUCUGCUAUCCUAGUGACGCCAUACUGAGGGAUUAUAUGAGUUGGCGACAAGUUGACUGCCACAUCAACAACCUCUAUAACACGACCUUCUGGGCUCUCGUUCAGCAAGGUGGAAUGGAACCUCGAGCAGCGGAGCAAGAACUUUCAGGCACCGUGUCUUCUGAUAAGAACGAGAUUCUUUUCUCUCGCUUUGGCAUCAACUAUAACAACGAACCGGAAAUAUUCAAGAAGGGCAGCGUGCUAUACCGAGAUCUCUUCCCCACCUCGACACAAUCUUCACCUGUUCCUCCGCGAACAGCCCAGAGUCCACCCCUAACUCACACAAGGCCACAGAGGUCAAUACCCAGGCCCAUGUCUCAACCACUGGAGCGCACUCUCCCCGACUUAUUCCGAGACUCACCGGCUUCUGGUAACUCGACGGUAACGACGCCUCGGGGUCCAACCUUCCUCUCUACUUCGACUACUCCAUCCCCUCCGCCCUCUCCGCCCGCAAUGUCGAUACCCACCGUCUCCAAUCCACUACCGACAAACCCCCAAAUCUCCUAUCCGCAGACCUUUGUUCCUGUCGCCCCACCUCAAAAUGGCUCCGCGUCACGGCAACCUCUUCCCAUGCUGACUCCCCUGCCAUUACCACCACCAACCCUCAAACCCAGCACGAGGCCUCCGCCCUCACUCAACCCGCCGAAUCCUACGGCACACACAAACACCUCUCCCCUCCCGUCACCCGAAGUAGCCGGCCCUAGUAGCCCGAUUCCGAAACGCACAACAUCGAAUCCCACAUCGAAUCUAACAUCAAGACCAAACUCACCUCCAAAAGCCUUCUCACACUCCGCAUCCGCCUCCCUCUCCCGCCCAACAACAGGCGCACCACCCGCCUCCAAACCCGCCCCAAAACGCAGUCCCAGCCUCUCCAUCCUAGAAGUCGGCCCCCCUCAAAUCCCCCUACGCAUCUCCUCCAUUCCCAUGAACGCCAAGCCACGCAAACUCUCCCUCCCCAGUCAGAAAUCCUGCAACCACCUCAACUCCGACGAAAAAGAAAACGCCUUCACGACCACAGUAGGAACAGGAAUAGGCGCGAAGGUCUCCCCGCCCCCGCACCUACAGACCAUGAAAGAGCUGCCCUCUCCGCCGGUAGACGAUAUCGCAACCCGGCACGCAGUCAUGGGCUCCGAGCCCCCGCAAUGGACCUCCUCCCCACCCGCAUCCCGCGAAUCCAACCACGGCAAGAUGGAAACCGUCAUCCCGAACCCCGUCAUCCCCCUCUCCCCACCCCCCGUCGUGCCGAGCAAAUCCACACAGCGCCGCGCACGCUCGCACUCGCGCUUGAACUCCGCGCCGCCGUCUUCGUACCUCCCGUCCUCCCCACCAGCUCUUUCAAAAGACCAGCAGGAGAAGUAUCGCUUCGCGGGGUUCGACUGGACGCCUGCAGAGACGUCUGCGAAGGGGGACAAGAAGAAAGGCAAAGCGAAGGUUGCGGAGGAAGAAGGAGGCUGGGCGGCCGGCACGAAGGGGAACGAAGGCCGGCCACCGAUAGCGCAAAUGAGUAAAACGCAGAGGGAGAAGGAGAGGAAGAAGAGGACGAAGGCGCGGAUUGUGACCGAGCAUGUGGAUAUUAUCAAGGAUGAGUUUUGGGAAAAGAGGCCGUGGAUACUGAGUGGGAAAACAGGUUGAUGUUCGACGUAUACGACCUUUUUUUCUUUAUGACAUCGAGUUGGUAGUGCUCGUACAUGCAUGCAUGGCCGGAGGGUGUAGUGAGCAUACAUCUCAUCCUAUCUUCUUCUCCUUCACUCUUGUAUUCAAACCUAGGAUAAGGGAACGGAAGGCUC